AUGAAAUCCUUUAUAAUUAAUCCAAGGAAAGAUGAAGAAAUAAGAAAUGAAAUAGCUACAGAUAGCUCGACAGUGAACGGAAUAAAUAUUAAUGAUAUAAAUAUAAAUGAUAUAGAAGAAAAUAUAAAAGAUAUAAAUACAGAGAAAGUAAAGAAGGAUGAAAAUAAUUCUAUAGAAUAUUAUUUAUUUGAUGUUGAAUCUUAUAAUAAUAAUAAUAAUAUAAAUAAUGGGGAGAAUUUUCUUGAUUUAAGUUCUAUACGUUCAAGUUAUUUAUGUGAUAAUAAAAAGAAAAAAGCGAAAAAAAAAAAGAGCAGUUAUUUAAAAAAACAAUUAAAAAUAUAUAAAAAGAAAUAUAAAAUAUUGCCUGAACAUAAUAUAGAUCAAGAUACGAAUUAUGAAGAAUCUGUAAAAAAUGAAAAUAGUAAAGAUUAUAAAAUAUAUGAAUUAAAAGAUAUAAAAGAAGAUAAAGAUACAAAUGAAUAUAUAACAUCAAAAACGAAAGAUAUCUAUGGUAUGAAAAAAGAUGUAUAUGUUAAUGUAAUCAAAUUUAUUAUACUUAUAUCAUCCAUAUUUUCAUUCGGAUCAUUUAGUACAACCAUAACAAAAUAUAUAAUCUUUGUUAAAAAAUUUAAUUACACUCAAAUAGUAACACUCAUCGAAUUUUUGAUAAUGUAUAUUAUCUUGCGAAUAGUCAUUUUUUUUACAAAAAUGAAAUGCUCAACAAAUUUGACGAGGAAGGAAUAUAUAAAAUAUAUAAUUUCGA